AAGUCGGCCAGGCGAAUAACACAAAAACAUAGCACACAAUGUCCACUUUCAAUGUGCCUUCUCGUAUUCAAAUCGACAUAUCUGAUCAGCGGGCACAGAAUAUUCUCUACAAAUAUCUACUGUUUCCUUCUGCAGACAUGAGCAGUGAUGACGAAAGCUCUUCUUCCAACACCGCCGUGAUCAUCGACAAUGGUUCUGGCGUGUGUAAGGCGGGGUUUUCCACCGAGAACACCCCCAGCGUGGUUUUCCCCUCAAUUGUGGGCCGACCUCGUCACCUUAAUGUGCUAGUGGAUUCCCGAAUCCAUGACGGUAUGGUGGGAGAGGCGGCUGCUAGGAAGAGGGGCAUGCUCACCCUGAGGUAUCCGAUUGAGCACGGCGUGGUCAAGAACUGGGAUGAUAUGGAGAAGGUCUGGACACACACAUACGACCUCUUGCGAGCUGAUGCUCAGGAUUAUCCGGUGCUCCUAACUGAGGCCCCUCUUAAUCCCAAAAAGAACCGCGAAAAGAUGACGGAGAUUAUGUUUGAAAACUUCCAGGUGCCGGCUCUCUACGUGGCCAUUCAAGCGGUCCUAUCUCUCUACGCCACCGGGCGCACUGUGGGUAUUGUGGUCGACUCCGGUGACGGGGUGACCCACACGGUUCCCAUUUACGAAGGGUAUGCUUUACCGCACGCCUGUAUGCGAAUAGAUUUGGCUGGCAGGGAUCUCACCGAUUACCUGUGCAAGCUGCUCCUGGAAAGGGGCCUGAAAAUGAGCACCAGUGCCGAGCGAGAAAUCGUGAGGGACAUCAAGGAAAAACUCUGCUACGUGUCGAUGGACUACACGAAGGAGUUGGGGCUCGACCAGGGUCAUCCCAGAACUCCUGAGGAAUCGCAGAUAUUUACAGAUCGAGAGGAUAUCUACGAAUUGCCCGAUGGUCAAAAGAUAAGUAUUGGCAACGAAAGAUUUCGUUGUCCGGAGGCACUUUUCCAGCCCAGUUUGUUAGGUCAGGAGGUGAUGGGCAUCCACGAAGCCACCUACCAGUCUAUUCUUAACUGCGACUUGGAUCUGCGCAAGGAUAUGUACUCCAACAUAGUUCUCUCCGGUGGCACAACCAUGUUCCGUAACAUCGAGCACCGAUUCAUGAAGGAUCUUACCGAUAUGGCACCUUCCUCCAUCCGCAUCAAGAUCACCGCCAGUCCGGAGCGGAGGUUCUCCGUUUGGACAGGUGGUUCUGUCUUGGCAUCGCUUACCAGUUUCCAAAAUAUGUGGAUUGACAAUAGGGAGUACGAAGAAGUGGGUCCAACCAUUGUUCACCGCAAAUGCUUUUAAGAAAAGACUUUGUUAGGAUUUAAAAGGACCUUAAAAAAACUAAA